AUGGAGAAAGCACGGAGCGAAAGGGUGGGAAAGGAGAAGCGAAAACCCGUCCGUCGCGAUCCCGAAAAAAGGCGGCAACAGAACAUCCAAGCGCAACGCAGAUACCGCGAAAAGCUCCGUGGACGAAUGGAGAACCUCGAAACACUCGCAGCAUCGCUGACGCAGAAAUCACCGACAACAGGCGCAGUCCAAACCGAGUCGAUCCCAAUUUAUAAUAUUUCGGAUACAUUGAUUUACAAUUCAUCAACGGCGACAUCAGAGGACUACCAAAACCUUCCACUACCAGACCGUACCACAUCAGCACUGAAUACCUGGGACCCUGCAACAAGUCUGACAACCUCAGAAAAUACGCCCUCGUCAUUAAGCAUCUGGGAUUCUACGAUUUGGGGUCACGCAUCACAUCUAUCGCAUUCAAAUAUUUCUCCAUCAAUAUCAGCCAAUUCAAACUCCACAAAACAAAUCCCACACUCGGAAACUUCCUCCUCGGCACUGAAUGUAUGGGUUCCUUCAGCUCACGUUGAUCCGUCCAUUUUCAUCCACGAUAAUGACCAAGAUGGCCUUGAUCAAUACGGAAUGACAACAGCCGUCAAAUGCAAUUGCUCUAGUCCACAUAUCCAGGUGGAAACACACUGUUCUGGCCCGUACAGCUGCCCCGAGGUCAGGAUACUCAGGAUUGGAACGGUCGCACCUGCACCGGAUCUAUACGCCAACCAUCUUCGCCUGGAAACAAUCUGCACGUUAGCUGCAAUGGAUGCACUGAGAAUGCAUGUCGGCCUUACGGAGGAAAUGGUGUGUGCCACAGACUCUCCUUCGCCAUUCUAUCGGUCGAUCAGAUCAGCGGCGGAUGGGACUGCCAAAGAGAAUAUGAUAUGCACAGUGCAGAGGAUAUUCCAGACACUGAAGCCAGACUUAAGGCCAAGCAGGGAUCAAAUUACUGUCAAUCAUCCUCCAUACAUUGAUGUUUUGCCAUUCCGGACGUUACGGAAGAAUCUCAUCCUUCACCAGCAAGACGUGAAUGGGGGCGAAUUCCUCCGCGAUGCCGUCACCGGUUUAGUUUGCUGGGGAGGGGUAGGAGUUGGGAGGAAAGAUCGAGAUGCCUCCACUGGGUAUGCUUCCACUGGUACUCCGUGGGACAACCGCAGCUGGGAGGCAAAAGUGUGGUUUCUGAGGAAAUACUGGUCUUUGCUAGGUGGUGAGGAGGGGGAACUUGUACGACAAAGUGAGUGGUGGCGCAGUAUCAGAGGGGAGGACCUGAUAGACAUAGAGGCGCUGGCACCAAAUGAGUAA